AUUUCCAACACUAAUAUAAUUCGCGGAGUAAGAAGUACAUGUGUUUGAAAUAAAAACAAUUUUUAUAAAUAAAUACAUUUUAUUUAUGGCUUAAAUCUAGACGCAUGGAAAAUGUUUGUUCUCGCCGAGCUAAAAGAUAAUGUCCGAAUAGCUCCAGAUCAUUUCAAUUUAAAGCUCAUCGAUGCUGUUCGCGACGAAAUUGACCGCAAGUUGGCCAACAAGGUGCUACUUAAUGUUGGCCUAUGUAUAGCUCUGAAGGAGAUUGUGUCGCUGAAGGACUCCACCAUACUGCCCGGAGAUGGGGCAUCACACACGGAGGUGCUCUUUCGUUAUGUGGUAUUUCGGCCGAGGCUUGGCACUAUUAUGACCGGCAAGAUUCGCAACUGCAGUCGCGAAGGUGUCCAUGUUACACUAGGAUUCUUCGAUGAUAUACUGAUACCACAAGCUGCCUUGCAGCAUCCUUCACGCUUCGAUGAGGCCGAGCAAGCCUGGGUGUGGGAAUACCCGCUAGAGGAUGGAGCCAAACAUGAUCUCUUCAUGGAUGUGGGUGAACCCAUCAAGUUUCGUGUCACACGUGAAAUCUUUGAGGAGACCUCUCCAAUUGGUCCGCCCAAGGCGGAGAAUCAGACGGCACAGAACGCUAGCACAUCAGCAGCGGCAGCCGCUGCUGCUGGAGCCCAGGAAGUGAAGACUCCCUAUAAAAUUAUUGGUGCCAUCAAUGAAUCUGGCUUGGGUGUGCUCUCCUGGUGGGAUCAACAGAACAAGGAGGACGAUCCAGAAGGUAAGAAAGGUGAUGACACUACUGACUACGAAAAUGAUGAAGAUGGCGAAGGUGCUUGCGAGGAAUGACCAGACGUUUAAGGUUAAUUCCUUAUACAUUUAUUGUUUUGUAUAUUCUGAUCUUUGAAUGACGAUGAUAAUUAAGUUACUUUAAAUGAACUAAUUCAUAGUUUGCAUCGGUUCCACAAAUGGAACCCUGAUGUGUAAAAAUGGAUGGAUAAAGUUAAAGCUUAUUUUUAAAAUCAAUUAAGUUUUGAAAUUUAAAAUAGAUUUAUGCCUUCCAAAAAUCCCAGAAAGAUAAAUGGAAGACACCAAAGUUAACAAUAAGUUUAAAUGCAAUUGAUUUAUGCAUAAAGUCUGAGAACAUAUCAACCAAACGUACAUAUAUAGUUAAGCUUGGGGAUUCAAAUAAAGCAACAUUUGGAGUUUUUCUCCAUGGUUGUUACUCUCACA